CAUUGAACUUGCUAACCCUGCGUCCCCAGAGCCGCGCAGAGGGUCCGCGCCACAAUUCUCAAGGAGCUAGCGGCCGUUCAGGAUGGCGCUCCUAACGAGGUAGCCCGCUUCGAGAAGGUCGAGAAACUGAUGGAGACGUACCGGCUCCGUUGCAUGGAAACGAUCUGGCUCGACAUUCGCGGUGCAAAAGAAAAAGAUGCGGAGAAUACGCUCUGGCAGGUGCAUGCCCUUGUUACCAAGGCCUAUCGAAAGGUGCUUGCUCGCCUGCAUGACAACGACCAUGUGGUGCUCCGACGCAAGAUCGAGAAGUUAUACUCGGCCUAUCUCAAAACCGCACAGUACUUCUACAGGGGCUACCUCCAGCGGGUUUGCGCACGCUAUGACAUGAAAGACCUCAGGCGCAUCGCCCGCAGGGCCGAGCUCCAGGAGAUGGCAGUACCGGACGAGGACAAGGUCAACCCGGCAGCUGCACAGCUUCAAGACAUUGUCAUCAUGUCCUGCCAUAAGACGCUCAUCUACCUUGGCGACCUGGCGAGAUACCGCACACUCCUGCGUCCCAAGGACCGCAAGGGCGAUGGGGCGUUGGCGUACUACUUCCUGGCGAACGAGUUGAUCCCCGAGUCCGGACACGGUCACCACCAAUGCGGAGUGAUCUACGUCGAGACUGAGGACCAUCUCAAUGUCGUGUACCAUCUCUACCGCGCCCUGGCUUGCGCCAUGCCUCACCCAAACGCCCGAACGAACCUCGAGCGCGAGUUUCGCGAACUCCAGAAGCGAAACAGCGCUGGCGCCAAACACGCAUUGGCGGGCUGGUUUGUCAAGCUCCAUGCAUUCUAUUUCCAGGGAAAUGAAUUCGCGGAGCGCAAGGAGCUCGAAGGCGAGGUUGAUCAUCGCCUGGUCUUGGCGAUGAAGACCGGGACGGGCUACGGUUCCGAAGGGGACUUGCUAAAGAUCAUUCUCAUCAACAUCACUGCCUACGUGGCGGCUCAAGACAAGAUUAAUGCGAAAUGGACCGUUGAGGGCUCCCGAUCUUGCCAGUUCAUCCUGCUCCUCAACCUACGCACGAUUCAUGCCAUCGCACGUCUGCUUGGAGAGGAGAUUGCGGACCUCAUCAAGCUCAGGAGCGCUGAAACCCCCGCUGCUACCUCCAGUGCUGCGCCCGAAGCAGAGACCGCGACCAAGUUCACGCCUGUUUUCAACCGCGUCCUGCCGCUGCUACGCGUCUACAUGGCCUGGCUGUGUUUCUACGGUUCCCAACUGGUUGACUUCAAGGCGCAUCUGGAACCGCAGUUUGGAGCGAUGUGCGCGAUGCUCGGCAGCACCUUGUCCCUCCUCUUCGACCUUCUGGGAAGCGAACCGCAACUUGGAACCCCAGUGUCUUGGCGCUUCCCCGAGGACGAAAUGACCCUUGGCAUCAAUUGUCUCAAUGGGCCCGACCUUCACAACGGCUGCCAGCUGCACUACGAUGCUUUCACGCGCCAGCCUAAGCCGCGUAUCGACGACAUUCCCUCUGCGGACCAUACUGCUGACGAUGUCAUGUUUACUCGCUGUUUUGAUGUUCUCCUUUGUGCACUUGACCUAUCUGCACCGGAGUCCAGGUUUCCAUUCACUACUUCAUCUGUCAAGAAGGGAACCCGAGAGCUGACGGCGUUUGUGUACCUCGAGGGCGGGAAGCCUGAUCCUGCUCAGACCUUCCCAGGUGCUCGGCCUCUGACUUCGACCACAGCUCCUGCGGCGAAUGAACAGAAUUCGCAAGGACCAGCGGUGGCCCCGAGUCCCUGCGAGUCUAACGAGCUCUCUGAGGACCGGAAGUUUUACGGGCCGGAUCUGCGGAAAGCCGGAAAUGGCACUCGCCAAAGCUUUGGCGAAGCUCGACCGGCUGUUGCGCCCAUACAGGCGCCCCUCGCUACCGAGUAUCCGAUCGAGAAGCAGCUCUUUCAAAUCCUCAAUGACUUCAUGGCCCCGCCGGAAUCCGCUCCCGCUGCCAAGUCUGAGACGCCGGCCCGCUCUCAUGCCCGGACGAACUCUUACGGCUUGGGGUCCGCAGCGAUGGCCGAAGCCUUUGCAGCUGGUGCCACAGCCAGCCCCGCGCCUGGUUCGGCCGGUACGAAGCCAAUCCCGACUCUGCCUUGGAACUACUUUUACACGCCGGCACCGCCUGUUGACUCGGCGUUGCGGACCCCGAGUACGAGCGCCAAUGGCGCUGGCUGGGGAACCAACGGUGCAGGGCUUCCUCGCCCAGCGAGCUCCGGGAACACAGCCCCAUUUGGAACCAGCUCGACCACAAGAAAUCCGCUCGCAGGCCCGACGCACCGGAGAUACGACAGCUUAGGCCAAGCCUCUCUCAUGGGCGACGAGGCGGAGGCGCUCCAGUCCCUGCACCUAGGGUCAAACCGCGCAAGCCAGCCCCUGCACCGUUCCAGCACGCAAGGAGCCUGGCCUGGCACCGCUGCGGGGGAAUUGGCUGCUGCACAGGGGAUUGCGCCCGCCAGUACUCAGCAAAGUCCUUGGGGCACUUCGACGAACGUGUGGCAGGCAAUCUAUGGCCAAAACCAGGCGGGUACCAACCGUGCACCAGAUGCGCCCUUCUCGACGUUCGACUUUUCGGCCAACAGUUCGAGCUUGCCGCAAGUGAACAGCCCGUGGGGCCUGCCAACAACAGCCCAGAGGUUCUCGGCGACGCAGUCUCCCGGCGCCUCCCACCAGCUCGGCAACUACGCCGGCGCCGCGGAUCAGUCCCCGUCAGUCGACAGAUAUGCCGCUGCCUACGCUGCCACCAGCGGCGCCGAGCAAGCCGCUCAAGGUCUGUCCAGCGUUUGGCCUAACGCCAGCCAGCCGCGCACCGGCGCCACCCAGCCAUUUACGGGGUCGAACAUUUGGGCCAACCCGGUCCGGAAGCCUGCUGUGGGCGAGACGGCAGACGGCAAGCCGGUGGUGCAGGGCAUGCCAAAGCGCUGAUUUGGGCUUCGUGCGCAAUG